CUUCCCACACCCGGACCCAUAAUACGAUCUUUCCUUACGUAAUAAAUGACGGGAUUUGUGCAGUACGUCGUUGUCCGAGGCGAUCUUUUACACAUUUUGAAGUGGCCCACUGGUGCCGUAAUUGCACAGGCUUGCCAUGCAUGUACGGCUGUUUUGCACCGAUUUCGAGAAGAUGAAAAUGUCCACUUAUACACAUCUAACUUGGAUAACAUGCACAAGGUAGUCUUAGAGGCACAGAAUGAAGACAAUUUAAGGACUCUUUCUGCAGAACUGACUUCAGCUCGCAUUGACCAUACGUUAUGGAUCGAGCAGCCUGAGAAUUGUGCUACAUGUAUUGCAGUUAAGCCUUAUCCUAAAGAACACAUUCAGAAACACUUCAAGAAGUUCAAACUUUUCAAGUAAUAUUGAAAUGGGAUGAAGAGGCAUUCAAUGAACAGUGAUGAAGGUUCCAGACCCAAGAGUUGAUGACAUGAGGACAAAGAGGGCUUGCAGUGGGUUAAUUACAAUGACAGUGGACCACAGAGAGUGUAUGUGACUGAAUGCUGCUGCAAAGGAAGAAAAGUCCAUUUGAACCUCAUCAUGCUACCAAUCUGUUAUAUGAAUGUACACAAAACAAAAUGGUGCAUACCUCUCCAAAGACACUCUGUAUUGAGCCAAAUUCAGAUUAAAAUUGGUUAUGCUUACUCUGAAUGUAAUUUCAAAGAAUUCUUCACUAUCAAAAGUUGUCCAAUUUUAAAACCAUUAAAUUCAGUUUGGAGGUACUCCUGAUUCUAGUGGGAAAUUUUAGAGUUAAAAUGUUCAACAUUUGUGUCUGUAUAGAGUUGCUUUGUUUCAUUGUGUGUUGUUAAAUUCGGUUUGUGUUAAUGUUUGUCAAAUACUUUUUCAGCUGAUAAAUUGUUCACAGUUGCAUAGAUUCAUAAUUUGAGGGUUAUUCUAUACAUGUACUUAUGUCAUUUCACACUUCGCAUUGGUAUCCAGAAGUGAACAUUACUUAGUACCAGCGUAGAUGUACAUGUAUAGUACGACAGGAGAAAUGGGUUCCCAUGCACCCCCCCUAAAAUAAAAUUCCAAGAUGAUUUUUAGAAUCCCUAGGACAUCGGAUUAAAGAAUUUUGAUGUUGCCAGCGAAAAAAUUGUCCCAUGAUGCCCUAAUUUGCAUAUUUCCAAGAUGGCUGCCGUGCAAAUAAUUAAAAUGCUAAAUGUCAUAUGUUAGUGACUAAUGAGCCGAUUUUGAUAAUCUUGGUGUCAACAUUAUGGCUUUUUGGAGUGCUGAAUCGAUUUUCGAGGUUUCUAAAAUAGCUGGAGGUCGAGGUCACGUGAUUCAGGUAAAAGUCGAGGUCAUUAAGGUAAAAGAAAAUGUGUCAUUUUCAUUUCCCCACCGGCAUUAUUUUUUACUUAGCUCCCAUAGAUAUGGUGAUAGAGGCCUACUUAUUGCUUUACAAAUUUCCCACAUUAUCCCAAUUACCAAAUCCAUUUAAUAAAAAAAAUAUGUGUCAUUUUA